CGAAGGACUUCAAAAUGAAUUUUGUGAAAAAAUCUAAACCGUGUUCCGUGUCCUGCGGUCAGAUAAGUUAAGUUAUUCCGGGUGUGCGGCCUGACGUUGGGGCUACGCGGCUGUUUGCUACCGUAGCAGUGCGGUAAAUGCCCGUGAUUCUGCAGCGCUGCAUUUUGUGGUAUGGUCCGGUUGGGACCGAGAACCUGCGGGGUUAAAAUGGGGGGAGAUGAAGUUUGUGUUGAUUAAACCAACUAUAUUUGUGAAUGAGUGAGGAAUGUGUGGUUGUUGGGUGUCUGUUUUGAGCCGACCCGUGGCUUUAUUUAACCACCGUUCCCCGGGCGGCCUCCACAUCAAGCCGGCUUCCCCUCGCCGUUACCCCCGCGGAGACCUGCGUGUGACACACGCUGGUUUAUUUUGACUCGAGUGCUGUCGCCCGAUCCAAGAUAUGCUUGGAUAAAUCUCAGUUUCUGGUUGUAUUUGGGGAAUGAAUCCAGACCUCUCCAUCGGCCCGCGUCAAUCCAUAGUUGCUGCACAAAUCUAGAAAUAAAACACAUCAUAACUGGCAUUUGAUAAUCCCAUUCAUAAACUCUUAAAUACAGAGUAAAAUCUGUUUUUCCUUCAUGAUUUCCUAAGUGUAUUUUUACAAAUAAGACCCCAAGAAUGUAUUCUGUUUUUUUUUUUCACAUUUUAUUAUCACAAUAACAUUUAUUAUUGACAUAAAUCAUCCCUGGUAUUUUCAGGAGAAGCUGGUGCUGUGCUGCCAUGGAGACCAAGCAGGAACCAUCAGCUGUGUGGAGUCAGACUGUUAACAGUGAUGCUAGCAAUCCCACACAGGUCCAUUUUGAAGGUGGCACCAUGGCCCAGAUUGUCUACAGUGGAGAUCAGGCGGACAGGGCCGGGCAGCAGGUGGUUUAUGCAGCAGAUGGAAACUCUUACACCUCUGUGGAGUCUGCAGAGCACACGCUGGUCUACAUCCACCCGGCAGAUGGUGCUCAGACUGUAUUUGCUGAUCAGCCACAAGUGGCAUAUAUUCAGCAGGAUGGUACUACUCAGCAGGUCACGGUUCUGCUGCCUGGAGGUCAGAACAUGAAUGCUGCCAACCUGCAUGUUCUCAGUAACGUAGCAGAUGGCCCUCAAGCCAUCCUGGCUCCCGUUUCCCAGGAGCAGCUAUCUGCAUCCAACUCUCUCACAGAUAUGGCCGACAUCACAGACCCCCCCACCAGUCCGCUCGGGGCCACGGACUCCACCGAUGACUCAGAUGAAGCUGAGGAUGACGACUCUGAGAUGGAUGACUGGGAGCUGCGGCAGCCGCAGAGGUUCGACCCUCACAGCCUCUGGUGUGAGGAGUGCAACAGCGCCAACUCUAUGGACUGUCCCUUGCACGGUCCGCUGCACCCCAUCCCCAACCGGCCGGUGCUGUCCAAAGCCAGGGCCAGUCUGCCUCAGAUCCUCUACAUCGAUCGCUUCCUGGGUGGGGUGUUCUCCAAGAGGCGGAUCCCAAAACGCACCCAGUUUGGUCCCGUGGAGGCGCCGCUGGUUCCACAGAGCGAGUUGCAGGACCACUUCUUCCACUUGAAACUAUGCAUGCUGGAUCCAGAGAGGGGCGGGGAGAAGCUGAGCGACAUGUGGUUGGACCUUUCUGAUGAGGACAGCUGUAACUGGAUGAUGUUUGUGAGACCGGCUCAGAAUCACCUGGAGCAGAACCUGGUGGCCUACCAGUACGGCUCCGAAAUAUUUUACACGACCAUCAAGCACAUCCAGCCCAAACAGGAGCUCAAGGUGUGGUACGCCGCCUCGUAUGCAGAGUUUGUGAAUCAGAAGAUCCACAGCGUCACAGAGGAGGAGAGGAAAGCUCUCCAGGAGCAGGAGUGGAACUGGCCCUGCUACGAGUGCAACCGCCGCUUCGUGAGCUCCGAGCAGCUGCAGCUGCAUCUCAACAUGCACGACGACAAGCUGAGCUCCAUCACGAGAUCCAGAAGUCGAGGCAGAGGCAGAGGCAGGAAGAGGUUUGGGACAGGAAGGAGACCUGGACGUCCACCUAAAUUUAUACGACUAGAACCUCUUGCGGAUGCCAACGGGGACAAGGCAGCAGAAAUGCUGGAACUGACAGAGAAGCCGGUGGAGGAGGAGAUGGAAGGAGUGAAGAAUGGAGUGAAGGAUGUGGAGAUGGAGCCGGAGGAGGAAGAGGAAGAGGCGGCGACUGGGACUGAGGCAGAGAGUGAGCUUGUCCCCCCUGCUGAGGAACAACUUCCAGAGUCCAUAACGCCGUCCAGUCCAGACCUGCCUGGUCCACUGAAGGAGUUCCCGGCACCGAGCGGCCAAUCAGAACUGGCGUCACAGAAUGCCCAUCGUGCAAAGAAAAUCCGGAAUGCAGCCCUGCAGCACCUUUUCAUCAGGAAGAGCUUCCGUCCCUUUAAGUGCACCCUGUGUGGGAAGGUCUUCCGGGACAAAGACAGGCUGGACCAGCACCUGCGGGUCCACGGCCGCGACGCUUACGCCUUCUCCUGCCACAUUUGUAGUAGGAGCUUUACCAGCGACUCAGCCCUGGAAGACCAUCUGGUGGAGCACACAGAGAACUGCUCGUACGCGUGUCUCUUGUGUCCCGAGACCUUCGAACGGCUGGAAUUGCUGAAGGGUCAUGUGGAGGUGCACUCUGUGGAUGGCUGCUACACCUGUCCCUCCUGCAAGAAAACGUUUAGCGACUUCAUCCAGGUGAAAAAGCACAUCCGCUGCUUCCAUUCGGAGAAGAUCUUUCAGUGUCCAAACUGUGAGAAGGCCUUCUGCCGGCCGGACAAGCUGCGCCUGCACAUGCUACGUCACUCCGACCGCAAGGACUUCCUGUGCUCGACGUGCGGCAAACAGUUUAAGAGGAAGGAUAAGCUCCGGGAGCACAUGCAGCGAAUGCACAAUCCAGACAGAGAGGCAAAGAAGUCCGACCGGGCCCAUCGCUCCAAAACCCACAAAACGAAGACUCCCACCUCCGACUUCGAGAGCUUUGCGUUCAAAUGCAGGUCGUGCAUGAUGGGAUUUCGCCGCCGAGGGAUGCUGGUAAAUCAUUUAUCCAAACGUCAUCCAGAGAUGCGCAUCGAUGACGUUCCGGAGCUCACGCUCCCGAUCAUCAAACCCAACCGGGAUUACUUCUGCCAGUACUGCGACAAGGUCUACAAGAGUGCCAGUAAGAGGAAAGCCCACAUUCUGAAAAACCACCCCGGAGCAGAAUUGCCCCCCAGCAUCCGAAAGCUACGUCCUGCUGCUCCUGGUGAGCCCGAUCCGAUGCUGAGCACGCACACCCAGCUGACCGGGACCAUCGCCACGGCGCCGGUCUGCUGCCCACACUGUGCUAAACAAUACAGCAGCAAGACGAAGAUGGUGCAGCACAUCCGGAAAAAGCACCCGGAGUUCGCUCAGCUGGCGAACUCCAUCCAGACUCCCGUGACCACAGCCGUGAUCAGUUCUGCUCCUGCAGUCAUCAACGCAGAUGGAGCCACAGCUGAGGCUGUUGUGACCACAGACCUGCUGACCCAGGCUAUGACGGAACUUUCUCAAACCCUGACCACAGACUUCCGAACGACUCAGGGAGACUACCAGAGAAUCCAGUACAUCCCAGUGUCUCAGCCUGCAGGCGGCCUGUCGCAGCCGCAGCACAUCCAGCUGCAGGUGGUCCAGGUGGCUCCGGCUUCUUCCCCACAUUCCCAAGCCCCGACAGUAGAUGUGAGCCAGCUGCACGACCCUCAUGGCUACAGCCAGCACUCCAUCCAGGUGCAACACAUCCAGGUGUCUGAGCCAUCAGGCUCCACCCAGAGUACCAGUCAGCCUCUGAGCCCAGCCUCUCAGCAGCCCAGUCAGGACCUGAGCCCGGCCCAGCUGACCCCCGUCACCUUAGCCCAGAGCCACAGCCUGCAGGCGAGCAGCGGCCAGCAGCCGGGGGCCGUGCAGCACGCCUACAUACCCGGAAACUGGAACUACAGAGGCUACUCAUCUGAGAUCCAAAUGAUGGCUCUACCUCACGCUCAGUACGUGAUAGCUGAAGCUAGCACACCUAUCUCUGGGGUCAACAGCAACCAGGUGAAAACGACGCAUUAUGUCAUCUCUGAGGGUCAGAGCGAGCUGGAGACGAAACAGGACGCUCCUCAGGACACGACCCCAGCCCAAACAGAACAUCUGGAGCAACAACCAGCCACCCAACAAGCCACCACACAGUACAUCAUCACUACAACCACCAACGGCAGCGGCACCAGUGAAGUUCACAUCACUAAACCGUGACCUGGCUUAACGUCAGAGCUGCAGACUAAUGCAUGGACCCUCCUCCUCCUCCUCCUGCUGCAGAUGUUUUUAUUUGUAUAAAUGAAGAAUUAUAUCAUGGAUCCACCUGAGUGUGGAUAUUUAUAGAUAAAAAAAUGUACCAGCGCAGUUUUAUGUGUCUGAAUUUUAAACAAGCUGCCAGAAAAGUGUCUGGAAAACAACAAAAGUAAUAAGGUCUUUAUUUAGAACAUAUGAAUAUAAUAAGAACUAAACUGAACACUAGUGUUAACAAUUUUUGUUCUAGAAGGAUAAGUUUAAGAGCUUAUUUCAAUUUUCAUGUCAGUUCAUUUUUAAUUUACAGAUAUUUUUGUUACAUUUUUUUUCUUUUGUAAAAGAAAAGAAAAAUGUGGCAAAAAAUUAUUUAAAAAAGCGUCUUGAUCGUGUGACCCGGAAGCUGUGACACCAUCUGUUACCGUGCUGUCGAUGGAUGUUUGAUGUGAUUCUCCUUCAUUAGUUUCCUCUGAAACAUUCAGGAUGGGGUUCAUUUGAUUCUCCGUUCAGAAUGAGAUAUUUUAAUAUUUAAACAUUUGUUUUGCCUCUACUGCCGUGUUUUAUAGUAAAAAUGAAAAAAUAAAAAAAUAAAACAUG